GAAGACGCAGGGUGGGGAACAAGGGAAGGAAGAACCCGCUGCUGCUCACUCAGUUGCUGGCUGGACCUCGGAGCAGGAGCCUCCCUGCCACCAGCAGCCCGGCUAAGGUGUUUGACUGGAAGUGUUGUAAAACCUGGAAUUAUGAAUGGCAGAGUCAGGGAAUGGAAGUUCAUACUCCUCUGCUGAGUUGACAAGUUUCAUCUUCAAGAAAAUUUAGAACAGAACAAAUUGACUGGUGAAGCUGUGUGUUCCUAAUCUCAGCCCCCACUGGGAACAUGUCACUUGUGCAACUUCUUAACACGUCUCCAUUCAGCCUUAUCAAAUAUGAAUCACCCUGGAUUUAAUACAUUUUGUUGAUUCCAACUUUAAGAGUUUAAGCUGAUCUUUCUGAGGCAACAGAUUUACUGAUGAACUCUAAAAAGACAUCACAAGUGUCUGGAAUGAAUUACUUGGGUCAUUUUGUUAUCUGUGACGUAUCCAACAAACUUUAGAAAGAGAAACUGUGAGUGGCUGGAAUUAAUUCCCUGAAGCAUUUUGACAGUGAGAACUUUUUCUCCUACACGUUACUACUCCAUUUCUAAACAUUUUCUUUAUAAAAAAUGGCAGAAAACAUUUAGAUUAUUUUGAAACCUGUGUUUUAGGAUCCAAAAAGAUACCCUCAUCUGAGGGAUUAUUUUGAUGGACUUGCCAGGCCAGCUCUGAAUAGUAAAGGCUUUAGUAAUCGGCAAGAUGUCCACCAAGGUCCCAAUCUACUUGAAAAGAGGCAGUAGGAAGGGCAAGAAGGAAAAGCUCAGAGAUAUCCUUUCUUCUGAUAUGAUCAGCCCCCCCUUGGGAGACUUCAGACACACUAUUCACAUAGGGAGUGGAGGGGAGAAUGAUAUGUUUGGGGAUAUUUCUUUCUUGCAAGGGAAAUUCCACCUUCUACCAAGGACUGAAGGUAGCCUAGAUUCUGACAGGGGCAGCCACUGUGGAGUGCCAUUUGAGUUCUCAAGGACUGCUACUAUCUCUGGUCAUGAGCAACCAUUUUCUGAAGCCCCCUCGCCACUCUUAAAGAAUGCUAUCUCACUGCCUGUCAUUGGGGGUCCACAGGCUCUAAUGUUGCCCUCUACCCAGGCCCCACCAAAGCCACCAAGGCUGCACCUUGAUGAUAAAGUUCAACCAGCUGUGCAAGGCAAGGAAGCUGUGUCAGAACUGACUUCAUCCAAGGACAGCAGGACUUCUGAACCUAUCUCUCAUCUCUGCAGCUCCAAUGAACUGUUUGCCAUCCCUCAGAAUGGGUUUGUUGAGGAGAAAAAUAAGGAUGAGUCCUUUAUGUCCCAUGCUGGUUCCCUGCUCUCCCUCCAUGUGGAUCUGGGGCCUUCUAUCUUGGACGAUGUCCUUCAGGUCAUGGAUAAACACCAAGCUGGGAAAGUGAUACAAGAUUCUGGCAGGCAAGAAAUCCUGACAUGAAAACUAAAGGGACUUCCGUGGGGAAAGACUUUAAAAUGUUGAGUUUUGUAGAUAAGAAUUCCCCCCCCAAUUGGAAUAUGGUUAACUGGGCCAGUUUGAAUUAGUGAAAUUUAUCCUGUUUGGAAUCCCAAUUGUGCAUCUUAUAGUAAUAGGGUAUUAAGCUUUUAGGAUUGUGUUGCUUACUUUUCACCAAUGCACACCAUAGACAGUUUUUUUUUAUGUUGCUUUCUGCAGGCCUUUGAAUGUUGCUCAGUACUGAAAAAUGUAUGAAACUAUGAUAAGUUCAGUAUCAGCAAUAAAUUGCUGCUUAGCAAUAAGACCUCUAACUUACUGAUAUGAAUAAAUUUUAAGGUAUAUGACUUUUUUUAAAAGGACUGUGUCAUUUUAAAGUAUUUGUAGUGGGUGUGGUGUGAAUGAUGCCGUGGAAUAUCAAGAGUUUAAUUCAAAAUUAUCCUGGUUCAGAUUGAGAGACUAUUUUACACAGAACUUUGUUAAAGUAGAGCCUGUGAGAGAUGCCAUAUCACUGAGGUCUUUGUUAAAGGAAAAAAAGAUGUAGAUGGGAAUAUAACCACAUAUAUAAGGGAUUUCUCAUUAGCAUUGUAAUCAAGAUUCACUGUCCACAUUAGUCAUGUAACUCACCCAGAGAUGUAGUACAACUCAAUCAAGUUGAUUCAUGCUGUUCUGAAUCAAACUGUCUUCCUAUCUGUAUUUACUAUUUGAAAACCUGAACACUUGCUGUUUGCCAGAUAACUUGAAUUGUCAAAUGGACUGUAAGCAAUUUUUUUAACCUCUUAAUUGAAUUUUUAAAAUAAUCUGCCACUUUACGAGUAAAGCAACUAGGAAAAAAAUCCAUUUGGCUUUGAUGAUGAUCCUUCUUUAUAAAAAAAAAAGCUAGGAGUAAAAAUUAGCAGACUGUAUAUUUUAGCAGAUGUAGGCAUAACUAGAGUCAAUGGUUGGAAGUUUAAGUCAUCAUACUUCAAGCUGGAAAUAAGAUGAAACUUUUCAACAGCAAGGAUAAUUAACCACUGGAACAGAUUACCAAGGGAUGUAGUAAAUUCUCCAUCACUUAGUGUCUCUCAGUUUGUAGACUCCAAUUCAACCACAAAUUGUUGAGUUUGAUGCAGGAAUUUGUGGGGACAUUUUUUAGCCGGUGUUAUGCAGGCUGUUGAUGGUCCCUUCUGGCCUUAAAACUGAUGGAAAUCUAAAUUCUGCUGGCAUUAGAACUGCAGAAAUAACCAAGACAACAGAUGGUUCCAUUUGCUCAAGUGGGUCAUAUUUUCAAAGUUGCCUAAAAGAUUUGGACUCCUAAUUCCCAUUAAAAUUCCCUAGGUGGCUUUUAAAUAUCAGCCCUUGCUCUUAUUUAUUUAUUUAUAAUCUGUUAGACUAGAGUCCCUACCUAGGUACUAUCUCAGUACUUGUGUAUCACUCAUCAUUAAUGGACCAUAUACUUGUAACACUCCUGUGAUGCAUUGUCCCCAUUUUAUAGCUGGAAGAACUGAGGCAAAGGAUAGAUCAAUGGAUAGAUUUUUAAAGGUGUUUAAAUUCCUGUGUGACCUUGGCAAGGGAAUCCAGGAAUUGAACCUAACGCUCCAGAGUCUCAGUCUAGUAGCCAUUCUUCCAGCCAGUCAAAUAUCAAGGCACUAUGGUGCUAGGUAUUAUACAGACAUUUUAAUACAGAAGACCACUUCUGCCUCCACAAUUUUACUAUGUAAAUACUGGACAGAACACACAACUGAGUGGGUAGAGAGGAUGAAGGAAUAAUAAAAGAAACAGUAUGUAGCAGAGAAAUCGUAGUCUCUACUUGUCACUAACCUAACCAGCGUCAGACAAGAAUGAUUUGUAGGUGUCAUGGCAGACGUAGGAUAUAAAGAAGGACUUAAAAGACUGCUCAACUAACCUCUGGGGGAUGCCUUGUUGGAACAAUAUGGAAUAAUUCAGACUUGGAUAGUUUUUUGGGCUAGGAAUGGAAAAAGCCUGCUGGAGUUAGACACCCAAAUCCAUCUGAAAUCUAAUAGGAAUUGGGUGCCUGACUCCCUUAAAAUCCUUCCAAACGCCCAGACAUGGGCUAUGAGAGAGGACAUAGUAUAAACACCUAUCAGUUCCCUUUGACUCCAGGGUUCUAGUCCAAUCUCUGGGAGGGGAAUGUAGUUUAAUGCUUAGGGCAAGGGACCUGGGAGUCAGGACUCUGAGUUCUAUUCCCAGCUCUGGGAGGAGGUGUUGUCUUGUGCUUAGAAGCAGUGAGGACCCAGGACUCAGUGCUGUUCCUAGCUCUGCCACUGAUUUACCGUGUGAUCUUGGGCAAGUCAGAACUCUCUUCCUCAGUUUCCCCAUCUAUAAAAUAGGGAUUUUAAAAAAAUGUCUUCCCUUCACCACACAUAUCAAGGUUUGAUGUAUGUAAGAACCCACUGGAUUAAAGGCAGUAAUUAAGUUCAAAGCA